AUGUUGACACCUGUGAGUAGACGUAUGUUCUCGAGCUCGAGAAUAAUACUGCAAAAGGAAGUUUCCAGCGUGGAGUCGAAGAAGCUCAACCAUGUGCAGUACUUGCUCAAGUACUACGAUCCUGAGGUUGUCGACUCGAUUUUGAAGGCCGAAAACGUGAUCGAUCCAAAACAUUUUGCAAAGAGACAAUUGAACCCUGUGCAGUUUGCCCCCCACUUCCUCACAGACUUCACCAAGAAGAGCAAAUACUUUGAUCAUGCCAUAGGGAAGCCGAACUCGUUUACCGAGGUGACACAACCUAACGAGGUUGACGUGCCAAAGAACCAGAUUUUAGACACAGAAGGCAGUGAGAAACGUUCUGAGUUGGGCGAGCUUGCAAAGAAGUUGUCCCUUGCCACUGGCUUCAACGAAAGAUACAUCAUGGGUUUGAAAGUGAAAACUCUACUUUUGAAAACCGUCAGAAACCAAACCUCGAAAGGUAAAAUCAAUUCCUUCUACGCCUUGGUGUGUGCUGGUGAUGGAAAUGGUAUGUUGGGUAUUGGAGAGGGGAAGGAUCCCGAAGAACCAGGUACCGCCAUCUUGAAGGCUCACUGGCAGGCGGUGAAAAACCUUGUGAAAGUCCCAAGAUUAGAGGACAGAACAAUAUUUGGUAACAUUGAACACAAGUUUGGUGCCUCUGUCGUCCACUUGAGAUCCUCUCCUCCAGGUUCAGGCUUGAGAUGUAACCCUAUGGUUUUCGAGUUGGCACAAUGUGCAGGUAUCAAGGAUUUAUCCUCCAAGGUUUACAGAUCCAGAAGCAAAAUGAACGUCGUCAAGUGCACCAUGGAGGCUCUUCUCAAGCAGAAGACAACCGAAGAGAUGGCAUUAGAGAGAGGAAAGAAGGUGGUCGAUUUGAGAAGGGUCUAUUACUCUGUCGAAAAAUAG